CCUGCUUUACUUGCUCAUUCAAACGUUUAACAGUUUGGCUCUAAAGACUGACACUAUACAACAGCUCUGGCUCUGCUCAGCUCUGCUGCCACCUUGAUACUGAAAUUGAUAAUACAUAAAUAAACAAUUGUGCGGUCUACUUAACACUAAAAACCGCUAGAGAAAAGUUUCUACAUUAUCAGUCGUGCUGUAUACGACCAAGUGAAAAGUUCAAUUUUUCAAUUUUAACGGAUAUUUAAACCUCUUCUUCUACACUUUAAACAAAACAAACUGAAAUUUUUGAAAUAUUACAAAGAAUAUAUUUACAUAAUUAUUUAAAGAUUGUGUUUUUAUGAAAUAAUAAAAAAAAGUUUUGUUUACAAUAAUUGUUAAUUUAAUUGUUUAUUUAGAAAAAAAAUUUAAUAAUAAUAAUUAAAUUGUUGUUAAACUAUAUUUAAUUGCUACAGCAAUAAACUCCCACAGAUCACAAUGAAAUUUGUUAUUUUACUGUGUGUACUUAGUGUACUGUUACUGCAACAAGCUCAAGCUUCACCCGUUAAACUAGUCGAACGUCAGGAACGUGCUUUGGCGCGCCAACAAGCUGCCGGUGUUAAUGAUGUUGCUCCUGUUGCCGCACAAGCUGCCGAUGAAGAUGAUGAUGACGAUGAGGAUGAUGAUGACGAUGAACCUGAUCUAGGAGAUCUAAUUGAUGAUGAUGAUGAUGACGAGGACGACGAUGAUGAUGAAGAUGAUGACGAUGAGGAAGAGGAAGAUAGACCACAAGGUCAAGCUGCCCCCAACUCGGGUGCCGAUGAUGAUGAUGAGGAAGAUGAUGACGAUGAUGAUUACUUGGAUAGAUUAUUCGAUGAUAUCUUAGGUGAUGAAGAUGAUGAUGAAGACGAUGACGAUGAAGAACCCGCUGCCAGUGUACAAAAUACCGUAGCUGCUGCUCCAGCCGCCCCCAUUGAAGAUAUUGCUCCCGUAGGUCAAGCUGCUGCCGCUGGUAUUUCCGAUGGUGUCGAUUUACCCGCCGAAAGUGGCAAUGCCAACGAACCCUUGGCCCAAGGUAAUGCUGCCGACAAUGAUGUAGCUCCCUCCAGCAGCAGCAACAACAACGAAGGUGAACAAAAUGUUUUUUAUGAUGAAGAUGCUAGCAAUAGCAUUGUAGAUGGUAUAACUGGUAGUAGUAGUAGUGAUAUUAGUAAUGAUAAUAAUAAUCCCAUCACUGGUAGUAGUAGUAGUAGUAAUUCAGUUGAUAGCAUUAUUAGUACAGAUCAAACUCAUACACAAAAAAACCAUGAACAUGAACAACAACAACAAAAUGUACAACAACAACAGAUCAUAACAAACAAUCAACCAGACACGUUGAAACUUACACCAACAAAUGUCAUUCAAACAUCCAGUAGUAAUACUAAUAAUAAAAAAACUAAUACAAAUCAGACUCCUCCUACAAGUUUGACUCAAAGUCCAACAGCGACAGUAUUAGCGACAGCUGCUGCUUCAGCGGAUAAUGCAGGUACAAAAAAUGCUGUAACAGCUGCUGCCGCUAAUAAUGUCAAGGACAAAGAUGAUGACAACGAUGAGGAUGAUGAUGAUGAAGAAGAUGAUGAUGAUAUUGAUGAUGGAGUCGAUGAUAUUACAGGUGCCCUAACAGGUGAAGAUGACGAUGAUGCUGACGACGAUGAAGAUGAUGACGAUGAUGAUAUUAUUGGCGACGAUGUCAUUGAAGCUAGACGUGAAGCACGUUCAUUGAAAAACAAUAUAAUUGAUAUGUCGAGCGAUGCCUUCCAGGAACGUAAUAAUCAGUUUGUCGAUGCGAUAUUUGCACGUAUUAAUCGUAUUGUAUCCGAUAACUAUGACCCGUUUGUGGUACAAUUGAAUGGUCGUUCAACAGUUAAACAUGAAAUAAAAUCGGCCUCUGCCACAUCAACAAAAAGCCAGCAUCAGCAGCAGCAACAACAAAAUAAAAUAAAAACCGCAAAACCACAAACCACCAACACAUCAAUUAAGAAAUUGAAAAAUACAAAAUCGGAACCACGUAGCAACACAAACAACGAAAACGAAACUAUCGACAGCAGCAGCAGCAGCACUACAAUCACCAACACUGCUGAAGCAGAGUCUAUGCCAAAGGACAAUAACAAUGAGCCAAAACAACUAAAUAAGUUGCAACAACAAUUGGAACAAUUGGAGGGACAACAGAAAAAACUCAAAGCCACUGAACAAAUUGGGAAUGAUGUUGUAACAAAUGAACAACAAAACUCAGAACAAAAAACUGAAAUCCAUACUGACGAAACGAAACAGGAAACUCGCACUGCAUUUGUCAAUGAUGUUGUCAAAUCAGGAAAUCAAAAGAAAAGCUCUACAAAGGCACACAAACAACAUGGACAAACAAAAAAAGUUCACAAUGGCAGCAAUAGUGCGACCAGCAGUAAUAACAACAGCAAACACAAACUUAAAUCGACUAGCGCCACAACAGCCAACAAUAAAAAUGGCAACACUAAGGAUGCCAACACUGACUAUUUAAAGGCUGAAGGUAGUCUAUCGGGUUUAGCAUCAUUGAAGCGUGUCGGCAAUGUAAAAUUGGCCAUCGAUCCGGAAGGACGCAAUUCUACAAUUAAGGCUAAAUUCACUUUGGGACCCCUUAUUUUACGUGUUGAGAAAUCAUUCAAACGUGCCGGAGUGGAGAAUGUUAAAAGUGCUACAGCACGUACUAACGAAAUGAUCGGACGUAUUAAGUUUAGUGUGGUUAAUGAUCGUGCCACAUUGAUGUCGAUUAAGGUGCAACAGCCUAAACAGGUCGAAGUUGAAAGCAAAGACAACCAUGACCGCACCAGAGAAUUUGUCUGGCGUCGUACACCAAAAAUUGCAAAAUUGGUCAAUGAAAAACUUAAAUUGGCAGCCGAAACUCUAUUUGCCCCACAAGGUGUUGAGGUGGUAAGACUUUAAGUCAAAACAAUAACAAAAGAAUUGUGCUCAAACACUCAAAUAAACCAACAUUUAUAACUUUAAAUUUUACUUAAAACUAUUUAUGUUAAAUUAAAUUUUAAAAUUUGUUAAAGAAUUUUUUCACCACAAAUUAUUAAAGAAAAACUACAAUUUUAUGUUUUAACAGUAAUAUAUUUAUUUAUUUACUUAAACACCUACAUACAUAAUUUUGUAUUUAGU